AUGACGCCGGUCACAUCCACCACCACUGCACCGCCUCUGUCCCUGGAAGAGGUCUUGCACGUUUACCUACGUUGCUUCGACGCCGCCGCCGACGCCGCCCCACGAGCCUCAGCCGCAUACGCACAGGCGUAUGACGCCAAAUCCGUGCCAUUCAAACUUGAAACCUUCUCCUUCCUGCCGCUGGGGCUCAACGAAGCACUCGCGCGGCAAAAUAUGUGUGACUGGUUCUGCAUGGUUCUGGAGGAGGGGGUGGACAAGAAGGUCGGGGAAUUGUUCCAUGGGCGCGCAGAAUGGUUGAGAUAUUGGCCGAGGGUCAACUUCCUGACGACUUGGCGCAGUCUGAGGCAUAAAGCCGUGGUGGUGCCAAUGCACUCGGUCCUGCGAGUCACGACAGAAGACGACGAGAGGGUGGUCAUGGAUGAGUGGUGCGUCAAACGCCUAGACACCACCAAGGGGGACAACGGCUGGCAUUUCGUUUCGAGCGAAGAGAAGCACGUGGUAGUGGAGUUCUCCGUGGAUGUAGCAGAGGGUUUCCGGGCUACUAUCUACUGGACGUUGAAGGAAUUGUUCGAAGAGCUGGACUGGAUGGAGUUGAGGAGACGAGAGAGGGACGAGCGCACCAAGUACGUCAAUGGGUUGGCUCGAGCAAAAUUUGCUGACCUUCUCGAGAAGGCGUUCGAUUUCUGA